AUGGAUUUUAUCACGGGAUUGCCCCGUUCUCGCCGCAAAUUCGAUUCUAUUUGGGUGAUUGUUGAUAGGUUAACUAAAUCGGCCCAUUUCUUGCCAGUAAGAACUACUUAUGCCGCUGAAGACUACGCUAACCUAUAUCUUAAGGAGAUUGUGCACCUUCAUGGCAUUCCGGUAUCAAUUAUUUUGGACAGAGGCGCUCAGUUUACGGCAAAGUUCUGGAUAUAUUUUCAGGAAAGCCUUAGGACUCGAGUAAAUCUUGGUUCUGCUUUCCAUCCACAGUUAGACGGGCAGGCUGAGCAGACUAUUCGGACUUUGGAAGAUAUGUUACGAGCCUGUGUAGGCCAGGUGGCUUAUGAAUUGGAGCUGCCAUCAGAACUGCAAGCGGUCCACCCAGUUUUUCAUGUGUCCAUGCUGAGGAAAUGUAUUAGAGAUCCCUCCAGAAUCGUACCUGUUGAUGAUAUAGAAGUUACAGAAAAUCUGACGUAUAAGGAAGAACCAAUUGCUAUUCUAGAUCGACAAGUCAGCAGACUUAGAAACAAAGAUGUGGCUUCAGUAAAGGUUCUAUGGAAGAGUAAAGACAGGGAAGAGAUGAUGUGGGAAGCUGAAGAAGAGAUGAAUGAUGCAUGUAAAGAGAAAAACUACAGAGCCCAAAAGGGCAAGAUAGUGGCAGGUAGGAGAACCGAACGGGUACCGCCAACAGAUAUAGAAGAGGAGGAGCAUGAGGGAGCCUCAGCCCCAGCUCCGACACCACCAGUUCCUCUAACAGAAUCCUCAGGCCAAAAGGUGAAAGAGGCCAUCUAUUUACUGACUCAGUUAGUCACCGCUCAGGCCCAGCGGCAAGGUGCGGGUCAUGGUGAUAGAGCUGCCAGCAGCAGAGCCCGUGAUUUAAUUAGGUUGAACCCUCCAGAAUUCUUUGGAUCAAAUUUUGAUAAGGAUCCGCAGGGCUUGAUAGAUGGAAUGUUGAGAACAUUGCGGUUAAUGCAUUCUUAA